AAGUUCACCAACCCACCCCUCUCUACCUUUCUAUCUCUUCCUCCACCCCCUCGUUCAGCGCCGGAGUUUGGUGAGCCUAAUCGUCUCUCAAUUGCCACUUCCCAAAUCAGCAAAUCAGCCUUCUUUUUUAAUUCUCCCCAGACCUCCUUACCUCCGCCUUCUCACUUCCUAUAUUCAGAUUCCGUGAGAGAAUCAGAAUUCGGAUUGAAAUUGAGGGGAAUUGAGGGGAAUUGAGUGUCAGUCAUGGCGAGGAAGAAGAUUAGAGAGUACGAUUCGAAGAGGAUUCUCAAGGAGCACUUGAAGAAACUUGCUGGGAUCCAGCUCGAGAUCUGUUCUGCUCAGGUGACGGAAUCCACAGACUUCGCUGAGCUAACGAACAAAGAGCCAUGGCUUUCGUCCACAAGAUUAGUUGUGAAGCCUGACAUGUUGUUCGGGAAGCGUGGAAAGAGUGGUCUGGUAGCUCUGAAUUUAGAUAUGGCCCAAGUUGCAUGUUUCGUGAAAGAACGCCUUGGCGUGGAGGUUGAGAUGGGCGGAUGCAAGGCUCCAAUAACCACAUUCAUUGUUGAACCAUUUGUUCCCCAUGAGCAAGAAUAUUACCUCUCUAUUGUAUCUGAGAGGCUUGGCUGCACCAUUAGCUUCUCAGAGUGUGGUGGUAUUGAAAUUGAGGAAAACUGGGACAAGGUUAAGACAAUAUUCCUCCCCUCUGAGAAGCCUAUGACAUCUGAGGCAUGUGCUCCACUAAUAGCCACACUUCCCUUGGAGGUGCGAGGGAAAAUUGGAGACUUUAUAAAGGGUGUAUUUGCUGUCUUUCAAGAUCUGGACUUCUCUUUCCUAGAGAUGAAUCCCUUCACAUUGGUGAAUGGGGAGCCAUACCCAUUGGAUAUGAGAGGAGAAUUGGAUGAUACUGCUGCCUUUAAGAACUUUAAAAAGUGGGGAAACAUAGAGUUCCCAUUGCCUUUUGGUAGAGUUCUGAGCCCUACAGAAAGCUUUAUUCAUUCAUUGGAUGAAAAGACAAGUGCAUCCUUGAAGUUCACUGUUUUGAACCCUAAGGGGCGUAUUUGGACUAUGGUAGCCGGUGGUGGAGCAAGUGUUAUUUAUGCUGACACUGUUGGAGACUUGGGUUAUGCAUCAGAGCUUGGCAACUAUGCAGAGUAUAGUGGAGCUCCAAAUGAGGAGGAGGUAUUACAGUAUGCCAGAGUUGUUAUCGAUUGUGCGACUGCAGACCCUGAUGGUCGUAAGAGAGCCCUUCUUAUCGGAGGUGGCAUAGCUAACUUCACUGAUGUGGCUGCUACUUUCAAUGGUAUCAUUCGGGCCCUUCGGGAGAAGGAAUCCAAGCUGAAAGCAGCAAGAAUGCACAUCUAUGUUCGAAGAGGAGGUCCAAACUAUGAGACUGGUUUAGUGAAAAUGCGAGCCCUGGGUGAGGAACUCGGGGUUCCCCUUGAGGUUUAUGGCCCGGAGGCCACAAUGACUGGAAUUUGCAAGCAAGCAAUCAACUGCAUCAUGUCAUAAAUCUCAUUCCCUGUUCAGUGACCUUUGAACAAUGUUUGUCAACCAAGUAAUCUCAAGGCUUGGUUUUAAAA